CGCACGGAGCCGGCGAGUUCUCAUGUAGCCUCCGGCCCGUGCCUCUCCGGCGAAUCAACGCGCCGGGCUCGCCGGUUGUUUUUCUCGUCGACGUUCGCGAACGUCUCAAGCGCGUGCUUGCGGCCUGCUGGUUCAAAGUGUUCAAACUCCUCCAUGACAACAUUGACAACCUCGUGUCGGCUCGACGCGGGCCGGCUCCUGGUGUAACCACCGCGUCGAACGUCACAGUAUUUUGUUCCACGCGCGUCACGAUGUCACAUCUUGACAGAAAUAGAUGCGCCAAACAUUAUGCCUUGUCAUCUCGCUUCAACGUGGUUAUAUGGACAGCUGAAGCAUAGUUCAGACAAUCACGGAAUAAUCUCGAAGGAAUUACAAAUUACCCAUGAGAGAAGAGAAGAUAAGAGGAAUCUGUAGAGAUAGCUCUGCUUCUCACAAUAGCUGAAGGUCAGAUUCGACAAACACGAAUAGUUCAAAAGUACAUACAUUACAUGUCGAAUGAGCCUGUAACACUGACGUCAAUGUGUGUAUUGUAAGAUUGCAAGCAUGACGUCGAAAACUAUAUGCGUCGCUCAAGAAGGACCUGCGAAUGCCUUAGCUCUUAAUAAAGAUAACAAUCAGGUUGUGAUAGCCGGUCGCAAUGUUUUCAAAAUAUUUACAUUGCUGGAGGACAGAUUUGAAGAAGCCUGUAAUCUUCGGGUGGGAAAAAAUCUAAAUCUGAAUUUUUCCUGCAACGAUGUUGCCUGGAAUCUUAAUGAUGAUCAUAUACUUGCGACUGCAGCAACAAACGGUGCAGUCGUCUUGUGGAACCUGAAUAGGCAGUCUCGAUCGAAACAGGAUCAUGUAUUUGUAGAUCACAAGAGAACCGUGAAUAAAGUAAGCUUUCAUAUGACAGAACCAAUGUGGUUGAUAUCUGGCUCGCAAGACGGUACAAUGAAAUGCUUUGAUUUGCGAAUAAAAGAAGCUAUCAAAACUUUUUAUAGUAAUACGGAAUCUGUGAGAGAUGUUCAAUUUUGUCCGCAACAACCUCAUACUUUUGCUGCUGUGUCUGAAAACGGUCAUGUGCAACAAUGGGAUAUGAGAAAACCAGACCGUUACUUUCAGCAUUUCACGGCACAUAGCGGCCCGAUAUUUGCUUGCGACUGGCAUCCAGAGGCUACUUGGCUUGCUACAGCAUCUAGAGACAAAACUAUCAAAGUUUGGGAUUUAUCGGGUAAACCAAGUUGUGAUUACACUAUACACACUAUAGCGUCUGUGGGACGUAUAAAAUGGAGACCUCAGAAAAAGUAUCACAUAGCCAGCUGUGCUCUAGUCGUUGAUUGUAGCAUAAAUGUAUGGGAUAUUCGUAGACCGUAUAUCCCAUUCGCAAGUUUCAAUGAGCAUAAGGAUGUUCCUACAGGUGUGGCAUGGAGAGGCAACCCGCAAUCCUUUCUAUCAACAAGCAGAGAUUGUACUUUAUAUCAUCACGUUUUUGACGAUGCAGUAAGGCCGGCCAGUAAAGCAAAUCCACAGAGUGUUGCAAUAAAUCUAAAACACGAUAUUACAUGCGCUUCUAAAGUGAAAUAUGAACCUGCAAGUAUCGCAAGACAGCUAAGUAAUUUAAUGAGGAGAACGCCUGUAACAAAUGAUGAUACCUUUUGCAUGGCUUCAAGUGUAAUGCAUAGAUUUCGUGGAUGCGUACGCGAGCCGAAUUGGUUUAAGAUAGCCGCAGAAAAUUAUUUGCUUUCUGGAAAUUUAAGUGAAGCCUGUGAUCAUAAUGCACGUGUCGCAUACGACUUUGGCAAUUACGUUGUUAGCAAAGCGUGGCAAGUCUUGAAGAUCAUGUAUACAGAUCCGUUCGAGAUACUUCAAAAGAGCGCACCGACUGCGCCUAAAGAAGAUACAGCUAACACGUCGAAUAUAGCACCAGGGGUAACAAAGAGUUCUGGUAUGGAACAAUCAAAUGCGAGUAAACAAUCAAGUCACGAACAGGACGCGAAAUCUCUUCAAGGGGAAAAUCCUACUGGCGUUGCUAGUGGCGGUGACGAUGAAACUGAAACAGAAACUGAAGCGCCGGAGAAUCAAAAUACCAUGGGACCAUCGACUAAUACGACAUCGACUGUUCUGCCAAGGAGACCGUUGCUCAGCGAUAUACCUUCAACAUCGCGAGGCGACUUUAUCUUUGGCGAAACUGAAUAUGAACCCGUGUCUUUGGAACAUCCUGGCGAAAGCAGGCAAACUGUGAUGCGUAUGGAGGAUGACGAGUGGACUAAGGAAUUGCAGAAGGAAGCUUUUCCUUUACGGCACGAGAUCAAGGAUCGGUCCCCGCCUCCAGAGCAAUUUCCCAACCAUCCGCCUGAUCUCAAUGAGAAUUCAGCUUCCGUUAUAGUUGAAGAUCAACCUCAGUUAGUAGUUCCGGUUCUACCUAAGCCUUUACCCUUUGAUUUUACGUCUCUCGUUCUGGACGGACUACGCUUUCACACGGCAAUAAGAGACGUACAGACGACGGUAUCGAUGCUUAUCGUCUUAGGAGAAAUAAGGAAAAAAUUAAAUAUUCCCGUAGCUUUGCAAGAACAUUGGAUAUUAGAAUACUUGGACAUGCUCGGCAAAUUUAAGCUCUGGCAUGUAGCUACACAGAUAAUACAAUUGGCGUGGAUUCCUUCUAUAUCGCAAUUGAAUCAACAGUCGACUACGAUACAUGCAUGUUGCGUAGCAUGCACAAAAUCAUUGCAACGAUCUGCAUGGUUAUGCGAUCAUUGUCAUACGCCCGAACAUGCUCUGUGUUCCCUUUGCAAUCAGGUGGUACGUGGUAUCUAUGUGUGGUGUCAAGGUUGUGCACAUGGAGGCCAUAUAAAUCAUAUGAGGGAGUGGUUUAAUAACAAUCGACAAUGUCCUACUGGUUGUGGACAUCUUUGUGAAUACAAUUGAGGAAAUACGUCGACAUUCGUUAUAAACAUUGGAAUAAUUUUAAAUAAAGUACUACAAUAUAAGGAUAUCGUGACAUAUGAACACAGCAGAAAAAAAACUCUGUAUAAAUUAAAUUUAUAUAAUGAGA